UCCAGGGGGACAGCUUUGACUGACGGACCAAACAUGGCGGCCCACAGGGGAUGAUUCAUGCUGCAUGUAGAUACCGGUUCCUCUGUUCGCUGUCAUUCGUUCCUCACUGUCACUGUCUUCUUUGUAGACUUCAGCCAUGUUCGCCAAGCCCUUCAAAGUGAAGUCCAACACGACCAUGAAAGGCUCGGACAGGAGAAAGCUGCGAGCGGAUGUGAGCACCUUAUUACCUGCGCUGAGCACAGAAAACCUGUCUGAACUGAUGCCACCCAAAGAAGAGCUGAACGUCGUUAAGGUGUAUGCUCACAAAGGAGAUUCGAUGACCAUCUAUGUCCACAACAAGAAUCCCAUCAUGUUUGAAUUAGAGAGAAAUCUUUAUCCAACUGUGUAUACUCUGUGGAGUUUCCCAGAUCUUCUUCCAGUUUUUACCACAUGGCCACAGGUUCUUGAGAAAAUGGCUGGUGGAGCAGAUCUGAUGCUGCCUGGAGUUGUGGUGCCACCUACAGGCCUUGCAGAAGUACAGAAGGGUACACUUUGUGCAGUCAUUUUAGUGGGAAGCAGGGCUCCUGUAGCAAUUGGUGUGGCCACUAUGUCUACAAAGGAGAUGUUGGCAUCUGGAAUGAAAGGCAAAGGUUUCAACAUUUUGCACACGUACAAAGAUCAGCUGUGGGCUUAUGGUGACAAGUCAGCCCCUCCAGUCAUUGGUCCUAAGGAGACGGAGGCCGCACCUGAAGGAGAGCAGGAGGAAAAGUUAGUCUCCCACGACACCCACAUACCUGAAACACAAAUGGAAACCUUGUGCCUGGCUGAAAUAGCAGCGGAUACACCUCAGGAGGGCGAAGACAUUGCAGCAGAGGAAGAAAGCACAGAAACGCAGGACUCUGACAUAUCUCCACAAGAAGCCAUGGACAACUUAUUAAACCAGUGCUUCUUCCAUGCGUUGCGGUUCAAGAUUAAGAAGUCAGACCUUCCUCUGCUUUCAAGCACCUUCCUGCGGACUUAUCUUUUCUCCUGUUGCCCUGAAGGACAGCAAGUGGACAUUAAGAAGUCCAGUUACAAAAAGCUGUCCAAAUUCUUACAGGUUAUGCAACAGCGUAAGAUCCUGCAGGUAAAGGAGCUCACUAAAGGAGUGGAGAGUAUUGUGGAGGUAGACUGGAAGCAUCCAGACAUCAGAUCUUUUGUUGCCCCAAUUCCAGAACCAAAUGCUUCAACAGAAGACAUGGGUGGUGAGGCUGAGCAAGUGUACCAGCCACCUGAAAUGAUCUCCCUGUAUGGGAUUUCUGCAAAGAUGUUACCACUGUUCAUGGAAUCAGGCCACAGAAAAGGUGACCUCCUAACUCAGAGCGAUGUCAGAAGUGUGAUCAUCAGUUAUGUUAAGACAAAUGAGCUUGUCCACCCUGACAACAAAAACUUUGUCACAGUUAACCCUAUAAUAUGCGACUGUUUGCUGGAUAAAAGGGAACAGAAUGACAUCACUAUUCUCAAAUGGGAGGAUCUAGUCACAAGGUGUUUAGAAAGGAUGCAGCAUUCACAACAAGUGACCUUUCCAGGGUGCUCUCCUGUUAUUCGGAAAGGAAACAUUGAACCCAUUGACAUCAGCGUGGCACAAAGGUCUUCAAACAAAAAGGUAACAAUGAUCAAGAACCUGGAGUUGUAUGGCCUAGAUCCCUUGUCAUUUGCAAGCUUGUUACAACAAAAAGUUCAGGCCAGUGCCACCUGCACAGCACUUCCAGGAGCAAAAGACAAAGUCCAAGUGCAGAUUCAGGGUAACCAGGUAUCACACGCUGGCAAGUUGCUGCUAGAACAUUUUAAGAUUCCUCGGAAGUAUGUGAAUGGAUUAGACCUGUCAGCUAAAUCCAGCAAGAAGAAAUGAAAAUAAUCCAGUAGCUAUCUAGACAUGUUUGGUUCACUUUAGUCUAUCCAGGAAAUCAAGAACAAAUGUAAUUUGAAAUAAAUACUAGUAGGUUAAUAACCAAGUAACCAUAGGCCGCAACUAGUAUUAGAACACAGUAAAACUCUUCUGUUUGCAAUGGUUAAAAGUUGUUUGGCCCCAUUGAAGAAUUCUUUUACAAAGUGCACUGGAUCACACAAAUAAUUUAUUGCAAUUAACAAUUGUCUCAUUGGCCGCCUAACAUUUUUUAGUACUGUACAUCAUCAGGUAUAAACCUUGGCUAAGGGUCCCUCUAAGAUCAUUGAGUUUAGAUACAAUCUAAAGGGUAACUCUAGUACUCUGCAGUUAAAAUAUAGUUAAUGUUAAGUAACUUUGUAAAUUGCUCUGUAAGUAUUUAACCCCUUAAUGACCACGAGCGUAUAUUUACGCUCGUGGACGGCUCCCAUUAUGUGAAGCGCACUCAGGAGCUGAGCGCUUCAUACUCGGCAGGUCCCGGUUGCUAUCAGUAGCCAGGACCCGCGGCUAAUACCGGACAUCACCGAUCGAGCUGAUGUCCGGUAUUAACCCUUUAGACCCCAUGAUCAAUGUUGACGGGAGAAAAGCAUUGCCGGUUAGCUCAGUAGGCUGUUCGGGCAGCCGCGGUGAAAUUGCGGCAUCCCAAACAGCUGAGAGGACAGCGGGAGGCUUCUUACCUGGUCUCCCGCCAUCCGAACGUCGCUCUGCUGCUCCAUGCCUGAGAUUCAGGCUGGAGUAGCAGAGCACCGAUAACACUGAUCAAUACAGUGCUAUAGGAGAUAUAGGAGAAAAAACAAGAUAGAGAUGGUGCUUUAUAGAGCCGGUUAUCAGCGGUAUUUGCAGAGAGUAGAAUAUAGAAGUAAAGGACCUGCUCACCUUUGCAGGUUGCGCUAAUUUACAGGCACAACACUGAUAAUCGUUUUGGGCAGGUCCCUGGUUGCUGGUGUGUCGGGAGCAGCUGGCCGUCGGUCCCAUCAAAGACUGUGAAGAAUACAGAUGUGGGAGGUGGGAAUCCUGGCAUAGGUUUCCUUUACCUUCCAGUGAAGAUCCGACUUCGGCACUGUAUUGCUACACCGGGGUGAUGACACAGGAGUCGGGUGUAGAAUAGUAUUACUUUUUAUUAAAGGGGUAUUCCAGGAUUUUUUUUUUUUGACUAUGCUACAGGGGCUGUAAAGUUAGUGUAGUUCAUGAUAUAGUGUCUGUACCUGUGUGUGACGGUUUUCUCACAAUUCUUCUGUGAUUUUCACUCCAAUAUUUAUUUUUACCAGUAUACAAAAUUACUGUUGUCUUGGAUUUUUCCAAGCUUGCAAUGCGACAGAGACCUGACUCACUAGUCAGCUGAUGACAGGGAGCCUGUCUGCUUCAAUGGGUGGAGGGAUCGCUUGGUGGGAGAGAGAUCAAUCUGCAACAGCUGUAGGCACCCUGAUUGAAAACCACACUGAUUUGAAUGGAUGCAGCUCAUUUAUGUUUAGAUGGGUGGCUGAGGCUGAUGUGUGGGAGGGAGAAAGAUGGAAUUGCGGGAUUUGUAGUAAAAAAAAAAAAAAAAGAAAGGUCAAACAGGAAAU